AAAAUGGCGACUGUGGAUUUGGGAAAAAUUUUGGCAGAUUGAGAAACUCGUAACCUUGAACUUUAUUACAUACGAUUGAUGACUCUGAAAUAACUGUAAACUGCUUGUUCGAUACUUAAAGAAUGCCUGAACACGUAAAGCACAUCGAAUGGGAGGACAUGGACAAGAGAAAAUUCUAUUUAAUUGGUCCGACAUUGUUUCUGGGCAUUCGAGCUCUGCUGUAUCCGGCGAACCUGGUGAAAACCCGACUUCAAGUUCAGCGCAAGAAAGCUCUAUACACGGGAUCCUUCGAUACUUUUGUCAAAGUGAUACGUUUUGAAGGUGUAAGAGGACUUUAUAAAGGAUUUCUGGUGAACAGCUUCGGUCUUUUAUCAGGGCAAUUUUACAUCACCACUUUAGAAUUGAUUCGUGCUAGGACGAAAGAAUACAGCAAUGCCGUUCGAGGGUUCCUGGCCGGCGGUUGUGCCUCGUUAGUUGGACAAACGAUAACAGUCCCAGUAGAUGUUAUUUCUCAGAAGCUCAUGGUACAGGGUCAGGGUGAAAACACGGCCAAACUCAAGGGAGCAUCGACCAUCAUAAAGGAGAUAAUAAAAUCGGAUGGACCGUUAGGGCUUUACAGAGGGUACCUGAUCUCUCUAAUGACUUAUGCACCCAGUAGCGCAAUUUGGUGGUCCUCCUACGGUAUUUACACAGGACUGGUGGGUAAUAUUGUUAUAACAGGAACACCUCAUAUGCUUGUUUUGGCAAUGGCUGGUACUAUGGCAGGGUUUACCGCAGCAACGCUUACAAAUCCAUUGGAUAUAAUGAGAACCAGGUUGCAGGUUUGUUGUUGUUAUUUUUUUCUUUAUGUGAUUGUUCUGCACCCAUCUAAGGUGAAAUCACACAAGUUCAGAGGUUUUGUUUAAAGCUCAUCUGGUUUCUCUGCAGAUAAGGUUAUCAAGAGUAUAGCCAUUCCUCCUGGAUCUAAUUCUGUUACAUCAUAGGUAGCCUCUCUUAACUUCUUCAGUUUUUAUCGAAAGGGAGAAACCAGAUGGAAAAAAGCACCUAGAGCAUGGAACAACAAGGCAACUGAAUUCAUUUUGAUAGAGAUUGUAAUUCAACAGACCACAAAAUUUCUAAUGUGAGGAAAAAAGGAUACUAUUGGAAGAAAAAAUAAAUGAACCCUAAAAUUUAAGCAGACUAAUGAAUAAUUGUAGGAUACAUGUUAUACAGAUAAGAAUUUGAAUGAAAAUCUACAGAGGUGACCUCUCACCAGAAGGGAAAUUUGGUCUUAUAGAUAAACAAAGCUUCGUGGUUCUUGUGGUGAUGGUAAUGUUAACUUGAUGCUGAUCUGGUGCAGAUGACCCUUUGGUUUAAAUAAGUUUCCUCUGACACCAUAUUUUAAUAUGUAUAAGUAAUAACAUGAUUUUGAAUGCAAUUUGUUGUUAAUAAGUGUGAGUAAAUUUUUCAAAAACAAUUGCAAUUUUAAGUCUUUUAACACCGAAUUGCAAGAGAAAUCAUGUCAUCACUUGUUAAUAAUGUACAUGGAAAACAUUACAGAGAGUUGAGACAGAUGACUUUUGAAAGAGUGUGGGUGCUAAUUGUAACUUGCACUCAUGUUACAACUUUUCACUUGUGUUAUAUCAUAAUGCACUUGUUUUCAGCCAAUCAGAAGCAUGUUAUCUUUUCAUGUGUAUUAUUAUAUAUUUAAACACUGACUGGCAUCGCUAUGUCUCCCAAGUUCGGCCAAAAAAAUAGUUCUAUGAAAAUAUUGUUAUUGGUAACAACUGGAGGAUUUUUCAGAAGUGUAGACAAGGCUGGCUAAAAAGAUUUCCAGUUGACCUGCAUCGUCUAAUGAGCAUCUUGACUUGAUGACUAAAGUUGUAGACCAAAAACCUGCAUGGUAAUCAGUUAAGGUCACUAACUCAGUACUCUCAAUAAGUUUGUAAGUAAGAGAUUGGGAUAGAAAGCACAGUAGAUGGCUGUAGAAGUCAGAACAGAAAUAACUAGCUUCUAGGGUGACUGAGGGCAUGCACCUGUGGAAAAUUAUGUGAAUUGUAAAGAGGAAUUUUACAGCAGUUUACAAAACUUAAAUUAAUUUUGGGAAAGUGGGAAAGCUAAAUUACAAAAUUUAAAUGAGCAAUUGGAAAGUGGUAUAUUUUGAUCUGUUUCACCACCGUAAUUAGUUAGAAUAUGUGGGCAAAUUCAUUCCUUUCCAGAAAGAAAAACUCCAUAAUUUGUAGAUCAAUGUAUUGGUUAGAAGAUCUAGUAAGGCUAUUUAAUUAGUGAUAGAGAAUGGUGGAAAGUUCCAGGCACUGCCUAACAAAGAAAAAAUGUUUAAAUGAUCCUCCAAAGUAAGCAACUUUGAGGAGCAAAGUACUUCACAGUCUAUUGCCAGUAGCCAUCUUCUAUUAAACCUUUGCCAACUGCAAAUUCUUACAGUCCACUGUGCUGGCACUUGUUUUAUUGGUGGGGGCAACCUAUAUGAUAUACCUGUACUCCUUCUAGCUUGUGCCAAUUGCCCAAAUGUUACUGAUUUUUCUAUGAUUUUAUAACUGUAAGAAAUCUUGCGCUCUUCAGGUUGGUGGUGGAAAAUCAGCAUUAGUGUUCCAGAUGUUUCGUUCCCUUCUGCACGAGGAAGGACCAAAGGGGCUAACCAAAGGUUUAUCAGCCAGAAUUCUAGCUAUGGUGCCAUCAAGUCUAGUGAUGGUACUUGGAUACGAGACUGUCAAAAGACUUAGUUUGAAAACAGUAGAAAAGGAGUUACAUGUGCAAGAUGAAGGUUACUUAAAGGCAUCAUUUUGAUGAAACAAUUCAUGCUUGAUUGAUGUAUGGAGAUUUAAGUUAAUCUUCACAAGGGAAAGUUUUUGGACAAAUUUAUAUCAAAACAAGAUAAAAUAAAUGUCCCCAUUAUGGUUAUUGUUAUGUAUACCCCUUUCUAGACAUGAGUGAAUUUUUAGGCAAGCAAAAUGAGCUACCUAUGCUCCCCUGUUUUCUCUUGCAUCAUAUUUUUUCUUUCUUGUCGUGUUUUUUCAUAAAUGGUACAUGUAAUGUCUUCUUGGUAUGAAGCAAGGGUUAGAUCUGAUGACACUAUUUUGGCCUCUUUUGAUAAAUUCUCCAAAAUUGAAAUUGUAUUAGAUAACAGAUAACUGUCUAAAGUCAAACCUGUACUCAGUGGUCACCCUUGGGGAAUGGCAGGGUAAUUGCUUGAUACAGGUUGACCACUUAGACUGGUUCCACAGAAUAGGGGUAUUAUCAAAAAAAGCCAUUUUAUAUCAUGAUUGACCACUUGAUCAACAAAAAUCCACUCAAAAAAAUACUACUAACAUUGAUUUUGGGAAAUAAGCAUGGAUUACCAGUAAACUUUACUUGAAAGAUGAUUCUUAAGUAGUUUUAUUUGAGUGAAAUCCCACUUUUUAAUGUAAUGUCCAAUACAAAAGGAGGACAAUAGAAACAGGUUGUAAGGAGUCAAUAGGGGUGACCGCUUAACAGAGGUGUAAAUUGGAUUGUUUAAGUGGAAAUUUUCAGAACUUUGAAAACUGACCACUUGAUAUAGGUUUGACUGUAAUUUUUGUUAAUAGAGUAUUCCAGUAAAGGCACCAUUCACUCAUCAAAUUUGCAUGAUAUACCUACAUGCAUAUGAAGAUAUUUCCUUCAUUUUCCAUUUUAUCAAAUUUCCAGUUGCCCCAAUGAUAGAAAUAUUAAUUUACUUGGCUUUUAGCACAUUAAAUUAGGGGUCUUAAUUGAAUACAAUUGCAUAACUUCCAAAGAAGACAGAAUUAUACUUGCUUUUUCCAAAUCUCCAGAUCACUAAUUAGUCAAAAAGUAGUUUUAAAAAGCUCUCUGAGUUAUUUUCAGACAUGUGUCUAACUCAGGCCAAUAUUUUGAAUGAUUUUCUAUGUAGGAUAUUCAUGGUGGAGUGGAAAGUUGGAUAUAAUGGUUAAAACUUGUAAAAAAAAGGAUCACAAUGGUAGAAAAAUUCCCCGUGUUCAUCAUCAAAAAUUAUUUAUUUUGCCGAGUCCAGUGGUCUUUAGCACUUGGGUAUAUGCAAGAAUGUUCUAACAUAGGCUUGAGUUCUCCCUCAGUCACUCUGUGGCUGUAUUUUUUUUUUAAUUUCUUUGCUUGCUUGUUGGAUGCUUGAGUGAGACAUACAACUUCUUUGUCGUUAGAAACAUGUGAUGUUACAAAUUAUUAAUUUAUUUUAUCAGUAAAUGACAAAUUCAGAUACUGACUGGUAAAGGGCUUAUUUCCAUAAGCCAUAUAUCCUAGCAGUAAAUAGCUUGGUGUAUUUACCCAGAAGGUCAGUCAGACUAAUGAGAAUGUGUGAGUUACAAUAAUUUAUUUUUU